AUGGCGGCAGCGGCAAAGGGCUCCGGAAGCUCACCCAAACCUUCCAACUCCAAAACAACUUCGGCCACUCCAGCUACAUCCACCUCAUCUUCCGCCGCAGCCUCGACCGCAUCGACUCCAGAGCCAUCGACAGCAGCACUACCCGAUCCCAAAACGGAUCUGUCAGCAUACCUCCUCAAGCUACAGUCGGCUCUGCAACCACUCACUCGCAAUGCAGCUUUCAUUCCAGCUCACGGCGAUCUCGCCUUCCACCGCAGCAUGGACCGCAAGCUUUCCAACAAGCUCGAUUCCGAAUCAGAUCGCAUCUUGUCCUCCGUCUCGCAGCUUGCCAGCUGGAUUGCUUCGGAUCCUCGUGCGCCCAAGAUCCCGCUCUCCAAGCAGGCCUCUUCUAGCUCCAACUCAGCAAGGAAACAGAAACAGAGCGUCAACCUCGACCUAGAUAUGGCAGACGUAACCACCACCGAAAGCUUCGCAUCCAACCUCGGUGAGCUCGUCGAUCAUCUUCUUGAAAGCGCCGAUACGUGCCUGGAUGAAUUCACGGGCAAGCUUGCACCGCGUAAGAUGGCAUCCGCGGCAGACGACACUGCAGCCACAUUGAGCGGGAAUGGAGACAACACUGCGAGCGGUCGUAUGCAGGCCAUGGCCGCGGUGCAGAACGGCAAAUCUUUGCCCAAGACUGGUCCAUUACCGUCUUGGGUCUUGAAUGCACCCAUUGCCUUGCCGCAGAAGCAGUUCACGACCAAAGCGGACAAUUCGGUCGACACGCUCUGGAAGCCUAACCUGAAGUAUGGGAAGCCCAACGCAAAGGUUCCGCUCGGACACGCGAAUCCGCCACGGCUCGGUGCAGAUGGCCAGCCGCUACCACGUGGACCAAGAAGAGGCAUGUACUGCGCUGAAGGUGAUCCGCUCGACAAUCCUUACUAUCACGAGAUCAUGCAUACGGAUCCUCCAACGCAUGCCCUCUCGAAACCCGAUGCCCACGCCAAAGACAAUCCACCACCACCUCUCAACGAAAAGGACCCUUCCAUCUCGACGGAUGCAUGCCCCUUCCAGUGGGUCUCGACCAAGCAACAGAUCGAACAGCUCCGCGAUCAUCUCGACGAGGAUCGUGUCAAAGAAAUCGCCAUCGAUCUCGAACAUCACUCCUACCGCACCUACCAAGGAAUCGUUUGCCUCAUGCAGCUUUCUACCCGCUGGGGCGACUGGAUCAUCGACACGCUAUCUGACGACGUCCGACAACACGCCGAGCUGCUCAACUCGUCCUUCACCCACCCGGACAAGGUCAAAGUGCUGCACGGAGCCAACCACGACGUCCUCUGGUUGCAGCGAGAUCUCGGACUGUACCUUGUCAACCUGUUCGAUACGUACCACGCCACCAACGUGCUCAUGUUCCCCAGCCACGGCUUGAACUACCUCAUGGCGAGGUACUGCAACUUUGACGCCGACAAGAGGUACCAGCUGGCAGACUGGAGGAUCCGUCCCCUCCCCAAGGAGAUGCUGUACUACGCCAGAAGCGAUACACACACUCUGCUGUACAUCUACGACAACCUUCGUCACGAGUUGAUGGAGUCAGGUGGGGUGGAUGCUAUCCGUGAGGUGUUUGUGCGUAGUAGAGACGUGGCUACCGCGACGUAUGCCAAAGAAGAGUGGGAUGGCGAAGGCGAGACGAGGGAAGGCUGGCGCAGCGUGUGGCGCAAAUGGGGUGGUGAGGCCGCGGUGGGGACCGAGGAGAGGCAGGAGCUGGCGCAGAUGAAGAAGGAGGAGAGGCUGGUGAGGGCGCUGCACAGGUGGAGGGACGGCGUGGCGAGGGAGGAGGAUGAAUCGCCGAGGUACGUGUUGGGUGCCAACAACCUGAUGAUGCUUGCGGCGAGGGCGCCGCUGACCAGGGAGGGCGUGUUGGCGUGUGUGCCGCCGAAUGCGACCGGGUUGAAGAAGAGGGUGGCGGAGUUGGUCGGGUUGAUCAAGGGUGAGGUGGAGGAGUGGCAGAAGGAUCAGGAGGUGAGGAGAGAGGAGAACAGGCAGAGGCUGUCGGAGAAGUUGUUGAAUGGUGAGGGUGGUGAAGAUAUGGAUGUGGGGGAGGCUGUUGCGAGAGAUGCACCUGGUGAGGGAGACAAGCAGCAGCAAGACGCAGCUGUGAAGAGCGAGAUUAAGAAUCUGCCCUCCAUCUCCGCUAUCAGCCACGUCGCAGCCACGCUUCCGCAAGUCGACGCUUCCAUUUGGUCCGAGGGCAAUAGCGCUUCCAAAUCUACUGCUGCCGCUGCUUCAUCGAGCCGCUUCGGUGGAGCUGUGCGAUCGUUCGCAUCCAACCUCUUUGGCCGAUCCAAUUCGGCCGCACCCCCAACCACCACCGCUUCCGCAUCGAACCUUACUCUCAGCUCCACCUCGUCGAAGCUGUUCGGUACACCAGCUCGAGCAAACGGGAACGCCGAUUCGACGGCGCAAAUUGACGCUAUCAAAACGGGAUUCAUUGGUCAAGUCGGAGGACUUUUCGGCAGCAGCGUUCCCUCCAUCGCUGAAGAUGAAGUGGAUGAUAUCGACGUGCGGUCCGUGUCCCAGACUGAGCGCUCUGCUCCGUCGACACCCUCCAAUGCUGUCACCAACAUCCAACCCCUCACCGCCGACUCGCAAGCCGAAGAGAUGGACGACGACUCGAGCGCAUCCGAGAAGGAAGACUUCAUCGUCGUCUCCAACACCAAACCCAAAAAGACACAGUCCAACACACCCUCGUCCAAGAAGGAGCUCAAGAAGAAACGCAAGGUCGAAUCAGCAGGUCAAACGGACUCGAAUUCGUCGACACCUGCCAAGAAGAGAAAGGGGAAAUUCGAGGGAGAGUUUGAUUUUGCUUCCACCCCGGAUGCUUUCCAGACGCCGGUGGUGGAGAAGAAGGCACAACAGCCGAAGGGGAAAGAUGCUGGUGGGGGAAAGAAGAAGAAGGAGGAAGGCGGGAAGAAGAACAAGGAUGGGGAAGGAGUGUUCAGGCAGCCACGAGAUAGGGCUAGGAGGAAGACUGGGAUGGGGAGCACCAUGUAG